CGUGUUAUGCACACUACUGUAGUAGCAUGAAAACUGGGACAUGUUUUGUUGUGAUUCUCCAUGUUGAUAUGUUGACUGAUUUGAGUAUAUGGAGAGACAUAAAUUAUAUUUUCCUCAGUCUGCAGUACGGCUGGAUGAUUAAUCGAAAAAUAAUCAAAACCGAAAUUCAGAGCCUAUAACUGACGUAAUUUUACCAAGUCGGUUAUUUCGGUCUUUUAAUCCUAUUAAUAUUUCCGCGGCCGCCCACUGUGUGUUAAUGUAUUUUCCCCUUAAAACAUAUUAUGGCCGCCGCAUGUGUAGUCACGUGACUCCGUCCAGUCUGCGACAUUGAAGCAACAUGGAGGAGAACUCAAACACAGAGUCAACUCAGCAACAGGAGCUGGAGCCGCUUGUACCAAAAAAACACGCAGUGUCCGUCGUUUGGACACAUUUUGGUUUCAAUAAGGACGACACCGAACAAACUCAAGUCAAAUGCAAACACUGCAGAAAAACUGUUAUAGCGACCAAAGGUAAUACCAGCAAUCUAUUUCAACACUUGGAGCGUAAUCACAUUACCGAAUAUGAACAGUGCAUGGCUCAAAAAAAGAGGCUGACAAUCGCCCAGCAACAAGUGCCUCCACAAAGCAGGAUUUGAUAACGCACGCAUUUACAAAUGCUACACAAUAUGAAAAGGAUUCAAGAAAAUGGAGAGAAAUAACUGACGCCAUUAGUUACUACAUCGCGAAGGACAUGGCUCCCUAGCUACGGUGGAGCACAGUGGGUUUAAACAACUCGUUAAAAUACUCGACCGAAGAUACACUGUGCCAUCGCGACACUAUUUUUCCCAAACUGCGCUGCCCAACAUGUACCAAACAUGUCGUAAAAAAGUAGCUGCUGAACUUAAGUCUGUUAAGCACUUUGCAGCCACAUCUGAUCUGUGGUCAAGUAGGACGAUGGACCCAUAUUUGAGCCUUACAUUGCACUACAUUGACGAUGAAUGGAAGCUGCGCAACAGGUGCCUUGAGACAGCAUAUUUUCAAGUCGAUCACACGUCAGAUUCUGUGUGGGAACUAACAGAAGAGAACCUCGUGGCCGUUACGACAGACAACGGCACUAAUGUUGUCAAAGCUGCACAACUCAAUGGAUGGACACGGCAGCAGUGUUUUGGACACAGGCUGCACCUGGCAAUCGAAAAUGCAAUGAAAGAUCGUGUCGUGCAAGCAAUGAGGGUGUGCAAAAACAUAGUCGGUGCCUUUUCAUAUAGCUGGAAGAAGAAGAAGGCAUUAGGGAAGGCGCAGCAAGAGCUCAACUUGCCUCAACACAAGCUAAAAACAGCCUGUGUCACCAGAUGGGGAUCGAUGCAAAUGAUGACUGCAAGGGUCCUUGAGCAAAAGAAAGCCAUUACACAGGUCCUCGCUGAUGAUAAGAAAUCAAGGCACCUUAUUCCAUCUUGGGCUGACCUGGAUGUCUUUGAGACUGUCAACAGAGCUCUUUCCCCAUUGAUGGAGUUCACAGAUGCUCUGUCAGGAGAAGACUAUGUGACCAUUUCAUUCGUGAAGCCGGUCCUACACAUCCUCAAUUCACGAGUGCUGGCUGAGGAGGAAGAUGACGUGGAGCUGACCAAAACAAUCAAAACCAGCAUCCUUGCAUACCUUAAGGGGAAGUACUCAGACCCCAUCACAGAAGAGCUACUGGACACCGCCAGUUUUGUUGAUCCCAGAUUUAAAACAACAUACAUUUCUGCGCUCCAUGUCGCCACCAUUCAGGAGAAAGUGAAAACAGAGAUGGUGUCAGCAGCUGCAGUCUGCAGGGAAAGUACCACUGAGAGUACACAGCCCUCUACGUCUUUAUCAGAAGCAAAGAAGCCAAAGAGGUCAUUAGGAAGUUUUUUCAAAGGAAGUGAGGCAACUGCAACUGUACCCACUGUGUCACUUCAGCAAAAACUAGAAGCAGAGCUGAGCAGCUACUUGGUGUCCCCCAUGCUGGAUAGUGAGAAAAAUCCACUGGAAUGGUGGGGAAAGCAUCAUGUACACUUCCCCAAUCUAAGUGAGGUGGCAAAAAAGUAUCUCUGCAUACCAGACACUAGCUCCCCAUCAGAACGAGUUUUCAGUUCUGGAGGAAACAUUGGCCCAAUCCCAAAGUGAGCCCUGAGGACUAAGGACUAAGGACUCACAGACUUAAUUGAUCUCAGGUACUAAGUGAGUGUGUGAAGCCACAUGGGCUCAGAUAGGUAGAAAUGGGAUUGGGACAGCACUUCACGUGAUCACGUUACCUUGGCGACAUUUAAUAACAAAGAUGUUGCUGAUACUCGCCGGUUUGGGAAUUUUCAUUUUAAGUUUGUUGCUUUCCACACGGCCAAGGCCCAGGAGACGGCUACCUGAUU